GGGUUCGAAACCCCCUUGCUUCAAUCUUUUUAAUGAAGCAGUAGGAUUUACUAUUAGGCUCUGUUUAGUUUAUAUCUAACAACAUUAUAAUUAGGAGUGGGGGUUAGUACCCCUGAUUUUUGUCAACACAUUGGAUGCAUAAGGUGUUGUACCUUGUUAUUAGAAAGUGGAACCUAUUUUUCCGGUUGGCUUCUUUACCCUUGCAUACAGUGAGAUUUAACUUCCCCGUUAACUCAGGCAAGCCGCAUCUGCUGCCUGCUUCGUCGACUCGUCGUUGGGGAGACCUAACAAACGGGAGAAAAACCAGCCUCAGAGCUUCCGUCGAUCAUUCAUCUGCUAGCUCAACUAAUGAUUUGCUUCCAGGUCAUGGUUACCCAACAGCUCGUUGGAAAUUCAAGGGUCGUGCACUUGUGCAUAUGGCUAUAAAUAAUUCGUGCCUCAGCUGACCACAUUCGGGAUUUCUUAUCGUGGCUUAGUCCUGUUAGGCUUGCCCUCAUGGAUUUGCAUUCAGUAAAGGACCUGUAUGAUAGACUUCGUCGGUUCUUUUCCUCAUCGGUUCUGUCAUUAUAUAUGUAUUUCCAACCCUGCUCAAAGGAAACAUUUAUAUUUUAUACGAACAGUUUUAACUCUUUUCUUGGAUCUUAGAAGGGUUAAAACUAUAGCUAGGAAGGAUAGGAGUCUAUAAAUGUUUCUUGUUUGGUAGGACACAACCUAAAGGAAAACAUUAAAUUUUGUUUGCUUGUUUCAUGCAUCAAGAAUCCAUCAGUUCGCGUAUUGUUUUUUAUAUGUUUGUUGUACUAAAUCAUGUCUGCAAGAAUGAUAUGUAGUGUGGAUUAAUUGCUUUAUGAAUAAUAUUGUAAUGCCACUGUAUAAAGAUGAAAAGUUCAGGGAGUUGUAUUGAUCUUGGAUUAGCAAAUGUUUAAAAUUCAC